AUGUCAUUUGGCCAAAAGCCGGGGGCAUGGGCCCGACAACCAGGUAAGAUCGUCGUCGGGCCGGCCUUGUAUUCAUCUCUCUUCUCUAGCACCGCAGAACCAGCAACUCAACCCGAAUCUCUUUGGAAAUCCGCUUGGAGCUCAGCUUGGCAAUUCUUUUCCUGGCCAAGUUAAUCCGAUGCAAUUGGGCAACAUUAAUGCCCUAGUAAAUCAAGCCGCCUUCAACAACAAUUUGAACAUGAUCGCGCAAGCUCGUCAACUUCUGCCUCAGCAACAACAACAGGGUCAGAGACCGGGGAGCCCACAAAACAAGCAACCGAAUCAACGGACCUUUGUGGGAACAGUGACCAAGCUUAUGGACACAUACGGAUUUAUCGACGAAGACGUCUUUUUUCAGACUAGGUAUAUCAAAGAAAAAAGUAAACAUUUUCCUGAUUUAGUGUGAUACGAGGUGCCCAUCCUCGAGUCGGCGAUCGAGUAAUGGUCGACGCCACUUUUAAUCCAUCGAUGCCGUUCAAAUGGAACGGAUAUAGAGUGCAGCUGAUUCAGGAGCAGCCUCCACCGGUGGCUCAUCAAGUUCAGCAACCUCUUGGUCGGGAAAGUCAUGGUGGUGGAGCAUCUAAUCGUUGGGGCUCAGUUGAUAGGAAUUCUCGGGAUGAUCAUCGGCCUUCGAAUGAUCGAAGAGCUCCAGCUAGUAGAAGAUCACCAAGAAGAGAAAGGUCUCCGGUUAGAAGAUCACCUCAAGUUAGAAAAGAAAGAACUCCGCCACCUAAAAGACUUUCUCCGAAGAGAGAGACGAUAAAAAGGGAAAGAAGUCCCAGACCUAGCAGAGAACCGAGAGCACGAUCUCCAGUUCCAGCGAAGUCGAGAGAGGCCGAUUCUCCUCCCAGAAGACGUCAAAGGAUCAUUCCAAGAUACACUUGCUAUAUUCCUCGUCCGUUUGUCGACAGGUAAUUAAUUCAAAUUAAUAAUACGAAGUAUAAAAACUGGGCUAAAUACCUUUUAUUUAGCGCGGCUCAUUACACUUAUCUUCACAAGAGGUACCCGAAUCUUUAUAUUCCUUCGGACUUUGUUCGGUGUGAUCUGAAAUGGCCACUCUCUUUCAAUCUGGAGGAACAGAUUUCCUUUGCUCCAUCAGGAGUUCCGUUUUGUAUUCUGAGUAAAGACGUUGAUUAUCCAGGAGAAGAUCUUCCUGUAGAGAACCCUGCUGAUUCCGAUUCAAAAUAUGUUGUCAAAGUUUUAUUAUUGACUCAUCCCGGUGCUGCUUUGAUUCGGCAAAAAGUCACUGGUUUGUUGGCUGAUGGGACUAUUGAUGAAGCCCAGGAUUGUCAAAACUUAAAUAAGGUGUUGCAGGUGCUUGUUGGUAAGUUUUAUUGUUUUAAUGUUAUAUUGAGCUUUAGGAAUGCGAGGUAAAAGUGAAUUCAUGGGUAUUGGCGGUGCUUGGAGUCCCUCAUUGGAUGGAGAGAACCCUCUUGAUCCCCAGACCUUGAUUAAUACAGCCGUCAGGACCACGAAAGCAUCAGUCGGUGUGGAUCUGCAGAACUGCCCAGUGUGGUAAGUUAUUUUCUUCUGUGUUGUUUCUUUGGAUUCUCCAACCCGCAGGGACAUAAAGGGAGAGCAUGGAUUAUUGAGCCAGAUAGAUAACGAUUUUGCCGGAUUCCACUGCGGGUAUAAUCAACCCCGGCUCCUCGUGAGUCGUCGGUUGUUUAUCAAGUCGAUAUAAGUCCUUGAUCCGAACCAUGACUCAAACUUUAUUAUUUUCUCUCUCUUCGUUUCGUUCUCUGCAUUCGUUAUAUCCACUCAGGUAUCAAAUGGCCCAAAUUCAUUACCAUCGAGCGGAUCGUCAGCGUCAUGACAUUGUGACUUUAAUGUUGCCGGAUGUGAGUGCCACUCCCAAUCUCUGUCCGGAUCCCGAGACCUACAAACGCAUUGUCGAAGAGGUGCUUCCGAAUCAGCUGAAGUCUAAGUUGGAGGCCAUCGAUGCUGAGCAGUUCAAACCAAGCCCUGAAUUGAUUAAAAGAUUGGGGAUUAAGACAGAAGGAGAUGAGAACAAGGAGUCCGAGCAAGAUGAAUCAGUUGAAGAGAAGGUGACCCAGCCAGAACCGGCUGUAUCAGCUCGGGUUGAACCUCAGACUGAAGAACCCCAAAAUGGAACGACGGAAACAGAGGUGCAGUCUUGUUCUCCCCUCAAACCUUUUACAUUUUGGGCGUUUGUUGAUGUUUUGUGUGAUUGUUGUGGCUUUGUGUUAAGUUCGUAACACAGUCUAGGCUAGCCGUAGAGACGCCAAUCUGAGCUUUUAGCUGAUCUUAUUUUUAUUGGGGACUACGUUUCUCGUACUUAUUCUUUUACCUUUCUCAUGCUGGGCUACGUGAAUAAUGUUAUUUCUUUUAGAAAGAACAUGAUUCUAACGAAAAUGGAAGUAAAGCAGAAGAAAACGAUCAGCAACCAGAGGAAAUAAAACCAACUCAUUGGUCGGAGCUGAUUGUAAAGGCUAUGAAAGUAAGCAUAAAAAUCAAAUAAUGGUAUUUUUAUUUCAAGGUGGCUGAUUUAAGAGAAGAAUUGGAUUUAAGAGGAAUUGAUUCUCGUGGAGUGAAAAAUGCUUUGGCUCAACGUCUGCAAGAAGCUCUUGAUAAGGAAAAAGAAGAAGAAGAGAACAAUGUCGAAGUCAAGGAAGACCUGAUUAUGACUGAUGAAGUGGCUGAUGAAACUGAAGCUGCUGGAGAACAAAUAAAUGAGGAGGGUGAUACAAAGAAAGAGGCAUCAGAAGAAGAGAAGGCCGAGGUCGAACAGGUAGACGAGAAAAUGGAUGCUGACGACAUUAAGGUAGGAUAAUGUCUUUGCAGACAUAGCCCGUUCUUUUGGCAUUUCCGGGCCCGGUCCAGCCCACGGCAACCCAAAAUAGAACAAAGGUAUCUCCCGCCCACUUUUGAGUUUUGUUCAAACGAAGUGUCGCAAUUGGCAAAAAAAAUCCGAAAAAAAAAAAUAUUUUUUCAGUCGGAAAACCACACAAGAAAUUCAUUUUUGACAUUUUAUUUGAAUUCAACCGAUACUAGGUGGGCGAAGUGCCGAAAGGAGGCGGGGGGCUCCCUGGGUUGCCUUUUAAUAAGAUUGAUCGGGUAUCAGGUUAGCUUGUCACCUAUUUUGAGGCAUUUUACAUGUAUUCACAUCAAUAAUAUCUAGGUAAAAGUUACGGAUCUUCGUUUUUUGCCGCAAAUUUUGGUCUGUUAUAUGUUACAAUAACUCAGGAUAAAGAAAACUAAUGUUACUAAUAGCCAAAAUUAAAAAAACAAGUCGCCGCCGACCAUCCAACGGCUUUGCCAGGCCUCGUGGGCGCUUUCUACACCCAUAUGUCCUAAGAAAAGGCAGUAUGAAAAACAUAGGAAGUUUGAAGAUUCAUAUAGUUAUGAUUUUUUGAUGAUUAUUUAAUUUUUUGGAAGGUUGCACGCGAAUUUUACCACGGGUGUAUAUGUCAAAAGAUUAAGUUAAACGUCGGUUAGGUCAUUCGAUUGUCAAAUCCGUUGUCGGAAACCCAAAAAAUUGAGAGGGAAAACUAUUUUCCAUGACAUUUAGAUGAAAUCUUUAAAUUAGUGAUUGUUGAAACGUCUGCGUGUUUUAAAUAAUGGUUUGAAAGUAAUUAAAUAUGUAUUUUUUUAGGAAGAGAAGAAAGAAGAACGACCGAAAUACGAGAGCGACCCGGCUUACAAGAAAGAAUUGGAGCAGUUCGAGCGUCAGAAAAAGGAAAAGAAGUCUCAGAUAGAAAGACAUUACACUUUCCCCAAGGAACCCGCCGUCUUGAUCUACCCGAGUAAAUCGGCCAAGGGCGGAAAGUUCAACUGCAAGUUGACAUCCCUUCAAACAGUGCUUGAUUACAGACUGGAUGAUAAUAAGGAAGCCAGCUUUGAGGUGAGUCUUUCUGUGGAAAAGAAGCCGGGGUUAGGUGAUUGGGGAAAAGAAAAUUUUUGAAAUUCUUAACCUAUGUAGCUAUUCUCUGCGAAAAACAACCUAGAAGACCGGCGUCUACGUUUCGCUGUGUUGGACUGGUUUUUGCAUAGCCAGCCAGUUGGAUUAUUUGGCUGUCCAUCCAGCUUUUUGGCUAGCCAUUUAGGAUAAUUUUAGGCUAACCUUAUACUUGGCUAGCGUUUUAUCUUUAAACCGCGAACUGUUAAUGACGGUCGGUCAUAAUUCAUUUUCCCUGGUCGGCGUUUUCCCCAGUCGAUGAGAGGACGCUCUAAAAAAAAUCAUCUCGCUUUAGGUAUUCUUGUUUGCCGAAGCACUGAAGGAAGCCAUCGACCGGUCAAACGCAUUUGGAGUGUUCCAUAUUUUAAAUUCAGUUUUGGACAAGGAAACAGAGAAGAAACGAAGGGAUGAAAGUUUGGCCAAACCCGACGAGAAAUCUGAAAACGGAGAAGAAAAGGCCGAGGAAAUUGAGACCGAAAAUAUAGAGGAAAAGAAAGAGGAGUCUAAGGAAGAGAAAAAAGAUGAUAAAGAAAAGAAAGAAUCAACCAAGGAUAAGGACAAAAAGGAGAACAUUGAUCUGAGGACCAACUUCCGAGCUCUGGUCAAUAAUGUCUCCGCUUUCCAGGCCUUUACUCACUUUGAUAUAAAUGGUUGUGGAUACCUGAAUGAUCGGGACUUGGAAGAAGUUGUUAAUUCUAUUGGCCUAGAUAUAUCCAGAAGCACCAUUUCCAAGAUUGUGAAGAAGGUGUCCUCCCGGGAUAGAUUCAAUUACCGUAACAUCACCGAUAAGUGGGUGGACAAGGAUGGAAAUACGAAAUAUUUUCCUGAACCAGCCCCGGAAGCCCCUUCGCGAUCCGAAUUGUUAAAGCAAUAUCAACCAGAGAAAGCACAACCGAGCAAUGUCACGGCUACGUCUACCCCUGAUGUCACUGAAAACGGUGUUGUAUUCUACAAAGGAACAGUUCUCAACAUUACCCAGACCUUGGAGGCUCAGAAGAAGGUAGACAAUGAGAGAAGUGAUGCAUUGUUGAAGAUCGAACAGUUAGAAGUUACUUUGAGUGAGUAAAAAUUAUGUUUCAAAACACUUUUGUAGAGAGUGUAAAGGAGCAACGCGAUAGAUAUGAUAAGAAGCGGAAACAUUUGGAAGAGGACCUGGAGAAGUACAAAAAGAGACUUUAUGAUGCCGAGAAAUGCCUGAAAGUAAGUGUCUGUCUUUUGUUUGCAAUAUCUGAAAGUUGGUCUUCUAUUACACAUGUUUUUACAGAAUACUCAAGAUGAUACAGUGCUGAUGAAGACUUCAUUGCUGGACGCUAAGAAACUCGGGGAAAGAUUAGUCUCAAUUGUUGACAAAGUAAUGCCUCCGCCAAAAAGAGAGAAGAAGGAAGAUAAAGAAAAGAGCGAUAAGAAAGAAAAGGAUGAAAGAGAGAAAGAAUCUAAGAAGGAUGAGAAGGAAGUUGACAAAUCGGAAGAAAAAUCAGAGAAGGAGACCUCCGAAAAUGAACAGUCGACCCAAGAAACUCAGCCUGAAGUUGAAUCCAAUGAGGAAUUGAUGGAGGUUUCCAAUGUCAGCGAGGAAUCUGAAGUCGCGAAGGCUGACGAGAACAGUUCUUAA